GUGCGGGGCGGUCGGGGGUGGAGAGGAGACCGGGACCCGGGAAGAAAAGAACAUGGCUCCUGCGGCGGGCACCGCCGAGGGCGGCGCGGCGCCCGUGCGCCCCGGGCGCCAGUGAGCGCGAUGGUGAACUCCAGCCGCGUGCAGCCGCAGCAGCCCGGGGACACGAGGCGACCGCCACCGCCCCGAUCGCCGGGCCCGGGCCGGCUGAUGGCGGGCGGCGCGGCCGUGGGCACCGGCCUGGGCGCCCCGGGCGGCCUGCGGGAGCCGCCGCGGGGCCUGGAGAUCGAGAUGGAGCGCAUCCGGCAGGCUGCGGCGCGGGACCCCCCGGCCGGAGCGUCGGCCUCCCCUUCCCCGCCGCUCUCGUCCUGCUCCAGGCAAGCGUGGAGCCGCGACAACCCGGGCUUCGAGGCUGAAGAGGAGGACGACGACGACGAGGUGGAAGGGGAGGAAGGCGGAAUGGUGGUGGAGAUGGACGUGGAGUGGCGCCCGGGCAGCCGGAGAUCAGCCGCCUCCUCGGCGGUGAGCUCCUCGGGCGCCCGCGGCCGGGGACUGGGGGGCUACCACGGCGCGGGCCCGGCGAGCGGGAGGCGGCACCGGCGAGAGGACCAGGCCCCGCCGUGCCCCAGCCCGGCCGGCGGCGGGGACCCGCGGCACCGCCACCUCCCGCUGGACGGGCAGCCGCCCCGAGUGGCCUGGGCCGAGAGGCUGGCUCGCGGGCUGCGAGGUCUCUGGGGAACAAGACUCAUGGAGGAAAGCAGCACUAACCGAGAGAAAUACCUUAAAAGCGUUCUGCGGGAACUGCUCACGUACCUCCUUUUCCUCAUAGUCUUGUGUAUUUUGACCUAUGGCAUGAUGAGCUCCAACGUGUACUACUACACCCGGACCAUGUCACAGCUCUUCCUUGACACCCCAGUGACCAAAACGGAGAAAACCAACUUCAAAACGCUUUCUUCCAUGGAAGACUUCUGGAAGUUCACAGAAGGUGCCUUGCUGGAUGGACUGUACUGGAAGGUACGGCCCAGUAACCACACGGAAGCUGACAACCGAAGUUUCAUCUUCUCGGAGAACCUGCUGUUAGGGGUGCCACGGAUCAGGCAACUCCGAGUCAGAAAUGGGUCGUGCUCCAUCCCCCAGGACCUGCGAGACGAGAUUAAGGAGUGCUACGAUGUCUACUCGGUCGGCAGCGAGGACAGGGCCCCAUUUGGGCCUGCGAAUGGAACCGCUUGGAUCUACACAAGUGAGAAGGACUUGAAUGGCAGCAGCCACUGGGGAAUAAUUGCAGUGUACAGUGGAGCUGGCUACUACUUGGACUUGUCAAGAACCAGAAAGGAAACAGCUUCCCAGAUUGCUGGCCUCAAGAAAAAUGUCUGGAUGGAUAGAGGAACCAGGGCGACCUUUAUUGACUUUUCUGUGUACAAUGCCAACAUUAAUCUUUUCUGUGUAGUCAGGUUACUGGUUGAAUUCCCAGCAACUGGCGGGGUGAUUCCCUCCUGGCAAUUUCAGCCUGUAAAGCUGAUCCGCUAUGUCACAACUUUUGACUUCUUCCUGGCCGCAUGUGAGGUUAUCUUUUGCUUCUUUAUCCUUUACUAUGUGGUGGAAGAGAUAUUGGAAAUUCGCAUUCACAAACUAUCCUAUUUCAGAAGUUUCUGGAAUUGUCUGGAUGUCGUGAUUGUUGUGCUGUCAGUGGCAGCCAUAGGAAUUAACAUAUACCUAGCAUCAAAUGUGGAAGGACUACUAUACUUUCUGGAAGAUCAAAAUACUUACCCCAACUUUGAGCAUGUGGCAUACUGGCAAAUACAGUUCAACAAUAUAGCUGCUGUCACAGUGUUUUUAGUUUGGAUUAAGCUCUUCAAAUUCAUCAGUUUUAACCGGACCAUGAGUCAGCUCUCCACAACCAUGUCUCGUUGUGCCAAAGACCUCUUUGGCUUCACCAUUAUGUUCUUCAUUAUCUUCUUAGCCUAUGCUCAAUUGGCCUACCUUAUCUUCGGCACUCAGGUGGAUGACUUCAGUACUUUCCAAGAGUGUAUCUUCACUCAGUUUCGUAUCAUUCUGGGUGAUGUCAACUUUGCAGAGAUUGAGGAAGCGAAUCGAGUUUUGGGACCACUUUAUUUCACUACUUUUGUGUUCUUUAUGUUCUUCAUUCUUUUGAAUAUGUUUUUGGCCAUUAUCAAUGAUACUUACUCUGAAGUGAAAUCUGAUUUGGCCCAGCAGAAAACUGAAAUGGAGCUCUCAGAUCUCAUCAGAAAGGGUUACCAUAAAGCCCUGGUUAAACUGAAACUGAAAAAGAAUAGUGUGGAUGACAUUUCAGAGUGUCUGCGGCAAGGAGGAGGCAAAUUAAACUUUGAUGAACUUCGCCAAGAUCUCAAGGGGAAGGGCCAUACGGAUGCAGAGAUAGAAGCAAUAUUCACGAAAUAUGACCAAGAUGGAGACCAGGAGCUAACAGAACAUGAGCACCAGCAGAUGAGAGACGACUUGGAAAGAGAGAGAGAGGACCUGGACCUGGACCACAGCUCUCUACCACGUCCCCUGAGUGGCCGAAGCUUCCCACGCAGCCUGGAUGACUCUGAGGAAGAUGACGAUGACGACAGUGGACACAGCUCCAGGAGGAGGGGAAGCGUCUCCAGUGGCGUCUCUUAUGAAGAGUUUCAGGUCCUGGUGAGGCGGGUGGACCGCAUGGAGCACUCCAUUGGCAGCGUGGUGUCCAAGAUCGAUGCCGUGAUUGUAAAGCUGGAGAUCAUGGAGCGAGCCAAGCUGAAGAGACGGGAGGUGCUGGGGAGGCUGCUGGAUGGGGUGGCUGAGGAUGAGAGACUGGGUCGUGACGGUGAGCGCCACCGCGAGCAGAUGGAGCAGCUGGUGCGGGAGGAGUUGGAGCGCUGGGAAUCAGACGACGCGGCUUCUCAGACGGGGCAGGGUCAAGGCACGCCACCCAUGGGUGUCAGCGGUCAGCCUCGUCCCAGAAACUCCCGGCCUUCCUCCUCUCAGUCCACAGAGGGCCUGGAAGGGGGAGGUGAAGACUCCAGUGCCAAUGUCCACGUGUAGGGCCUGUGUGACAGUGCGCCCCCGAGGCCACCUCGCAAGGCUGCUGCCCUGAAUUGACGUGACACGCACAUACACUAUUUAUACCCCACUACUACCAAAGGUUGCUGGUCUGGCACUAAUUGUUGAUUGUCUGCACUUUAAUUUAUUUAACAGAAAUGCUACCCAUGGAUCAAAGGCUUCUUUUUUCUUUUUCUCCUAUGACAAAUCUAGAUGUACAUACUGAAUUAAAAAUACACACUUUGGAAAGUAGAUUGAGAGGUAUGACAAGGUGCUAACCUGCCCCGGACUUUUCAGUUGACAAUGAAGUAGCCUUCAAAGCUCAUAGAGAACUGUGAAAGGGCUUCUGAGUUUACUUCCAGCCCCCCAAAUCACCAGUGUCAUUGUUGUCCCAUGUGUGAAGG